AUGGCAUCAAACGGGGAUUGGUGUUUGAUCGAAUCAGAUCCUGGCGUGUUCACGGAACUGAUUAGGAACUUUGGAGUGUCUGGUGUUCAAGUCGAAGAAUUAUAUACGCUCGAAUUGGAUCAUCUCAGAGAACUGGCGUAGGGUUUAAAUCACAUUUUAAUCUUGAUUUUUAGUCCCAUCCAUGGCCUGAUCUUCCUGUUUAAAUAUCAUGUUGGGGAAGAACCCACUGGUCAAGUUGUUCCUAAUGCUAGUGGUGUUUACUUCGCUCAGCAAGUGAUCAGCAAUGCCUGUGCUACUCAAGCCAUUCUAAAUCUGCUUCUGAAUGUUAAGAGUGAUGAGGUUAAUCUCGGAAAUAUAUUGGAACAGUUUUACGCUUUCUCCAAGGAUAUGGAUCCCGCUGUAAGUUCUCUUUUUAUAAUCUUUAUAUUAAUUUACAGAGUCGUGGACUUUGUCUUUCCAACAGUGAGGAGAUCCGCAAGUAUCACAAUGCCUUCAGCCGUCCAGCAUUGGUGGAGAUCGAGGGGCCUCAGAAAGGGAAGGAAGAUGCCUAUCAUUUCGUUACCUACGUUCCUGUAAACGGCCAUGUCUACGAAUUGGACGGUUUGAAAGACGGUCCUGUUGAUAUCGGAAAAAUCCCUGAAGGCAAAGAUUGGCUGGAUGUUGUGCACGGCACUCUGAAUGCGAGAAUUGAGCGGUAGGAAUUAUCAAUUAACGGUAAUAAAGUUUUGUUUAGACAUACUCAUUCUGAGAUCACAUUCAACUUGAUGGCUGUAGUCGCGGACCGGAAACAAAAGUACGAAAAAGAACUCACUCUGCUGGAAUCGGUAGGCUCAGCGUGCAGGAGAAAUUUUGAAUUAUUUUAGUCUGAUAUCAACGAGGAAGAGAAGGCCAACCAACGUUGUCGUCUUCAAAUGGCCAUCCAAGAAGAGCAAGAGAAGAUGACUCGUUAUAAAGACGAGAAUAUCAGACGUCGUCAUAAUUACACUCCCUUUAUAGUCGAAUUAUUGAAGGCACUGGCCAAAGAAAACAAGUUGAAUGGAUUGCUAGAGAAGGCCGCAAAGGAAGCUUCUGAUCGUCAGAAGGCUCAGAAAAGCACUUAA